GCAUUCUUUUCUGCGAAGAGAACAAGUGUGAUAAGAUGUCUGGACGAGGAAAGGGUGGUAAAGGACUCGGCAAAGGGGGCGCUAAGCGUCACCGUAAAGUCCUUCGCGACAACAUCCAGGGUAUUACCAAGCCCGCUAUCCGUCGUUUGGCUCGCCGUGGCGGCGUCAAGCGUAUCUCGGGUCUGAUCUACGAGGAGACUCGUGGUGUGCUGAAGGUGUUUCUGGAGAACGUCAUCCGCGAUGCUGUGACCUACACCGAGCACGCCAAGAGGAAGACUGUCACCGCCAUGGAUGUGGUCUAUGCUCUGAAGCGUCAGGGUCGCACCCUGUACGGAUUCGGCGGCUAAACGUUCCUGCUUCCUUAAAUAAAUCCAAAGGCUCUUUUAAGAGCCGCCCACUUCAUCUCUAAAGAGCUUCUGUCCCAUUGUGUCCGUCAUAAUCACUGCAUUUCAUUUAUG